UUUCCUAUAAUGAGUGCAGAAGGGGAUCAAGGCGAACAACCGCCGGGACUAGAGGCUGUGAUUCAGAAACUGGAGGAAUCUAUUUUGCACCCAGACAGCAGUGGGGAGGAAAAGAUUUUGACGUUGCGGGGUGAGGGGCAGGACUCUGGAGCAACAGCUGUCUCUGCUCGCAUCCGCCAGAUUAUCACCCGUAACCUAUCUGAGCAGCCUGCAGGUACUGGAGAUGGGAUCCCUGGAGUUUCCCUGCAGGAAGAAAACCAACUCCUCAAGGAGCUCCUGUCCCAGACUCGGAUGGACAGGGACCAGCUGUUGAUCAAACAGGCAGCUCUCACAGACAGGCUGGAGCGGAUGCUGGCGCUUCAGUCGCAGGACUCUGAUGGCGACGCUGCAUCCUCAGAGCAUCGCAGGCUGUUGGACGAAGAGCGAGCCUACAGGCACAAGCUGCAGGCCUUCCAGGAGGGCCAGCAGAGGCAGGCACAGCUGGUCCAGAAGCUGCAGGCCAAGGUGCUCCAGUACAAGAAGAGGUGUGGUGACCUGGAGGAGCAGGUGUUGGAGAAAACUGCAGAGUCAGAGAAGCUCAAACUCUCAUUGCAGGUCCACUUGGAUUCAUCGGCCAGCCGCCUGCGCCUGGCGGAGCAGGAGCAUAGCUCAGACCUUCAAAGCAAGCUCUCUCAGCUGGAGGAGGAACAGAAGAGGUGCGCUGGCCUCAGCCAAGUCAACGCCCUGCUCCGAGAGCAGCUGGAGCAAGCUGGUGUGACCAACCAUGCGCUGACGGAGAGCCUGCGCAAGGCCCGGGAGGAGGCUGACCGGAAAGAUGCCCGACUGCGCCAGGAGCAGGAGGCGUGUGCCUCCCGGCUGGGCCGCGAGCAAGCCCGCAUUCGAGCGCUGUGGCGCCAGGCUGCCUCUCUGCGGAACAGCUUCGCCCAGCUGAGGGCAUCCACUGACAGGAGUCUCUCUGAUAUGCGUGUGGAAUGUGUUAUCGUGAACCGCCGCCUUCACACAGUCUGUAUGAGCCUGGAGACGACCCUGCCACAGCAGAAUGCCCCCAAUGGAAUGGAGGUGUCUGCGCUGGAGAAGCAGCUAAGAGACAAGCUGAAGGAAGCCAUGCAAUUGCAGGGGUGCUGGGAUGCAGAGAAAGUAGAACUCAGCUCCAGGAUUCUGGAGCUGACCGACAUGGUGAAACAGCUGAGAGGGGAGAACAGUGAGAAGGAGGAGGGACUGGCCACCCUGAGAACCAGUCUGAGCAGGAUGGAGACCAGGGAGGCUGAGGACCGGUCUGAGAUGGUGGCGCUCCGCAGGGAGAUUGACAGCCUUCAGCAGAUCCUUCACAGUAUCACACAGCUGGCUCGUGGAGACAGUGACAACAGCGUCUCUGAAGGUGUUGCCGAGGGAGCAGAGUCCUGUCGCCUCUCCCCCUCCCCCUCCCCCACCCGUGCUGUCUCCCCUCGGCGCAGUCCCUCCCCUUCUCGCAGGGACAAUACCCUGAUGGUGGUGCAGAGCGCCCUAUCCCGGCGGCAGCUUCAAGUGCAGGAGCUGCGCAUGCGGCUUGAGGCAGGCCAGGAGCAGGCGAGUACACUGCGCAGACAGCUGCAGGUGGGGGAUGCCGAGCGGAGGGAGCUGGACCAAAAGGUCCAGGAGCUGAAGCAGGAGAGCCAGCAGGUCCAAAGGGUGCUGGAGGAGAGCCGCAGAGAUGGUCAGAGGUACCGCUCCUCACUGGAUACUGUUGCCAGUGAGAAGGGAAGCCUGGAGAAGCUGAUCCUCAGCCUCAACCAGCAGCUCAGCUCCCAGCAGGCCGAGCUAGAGCAGUUCAAGAGCUCCAGCCUGGACCUCCAGCGCCAGCGAGAGAUCGUGGAGCGGCAGCGCGAUGACCUGGAGAGGGAGCUGGAGCUCGCUCGUGCAGAGGUUGACAGAGGACAGAAGAGCCUAGCGCAGCUUGAGGGGCAACAUUCGAACCUGCGGAAGGAGCUGAUGGCAGUGAAGGAGGCUCUGAAUCAAGUUACUCUACAGAAGGAGGUGCUGGAGGAUGAGAAAGCCAGCUUAGUGCAUGCACUCAGCAAGGUGGAGUGUCAGAAUGCAGAGCAAGAGCUGGCCCUUGCCAAGCUGCACAGCGAGGAGGCGGGCCUCCGAGACUCCCUGGCCAAAAUGGGGGCCCUGAGUGAAGGGCUGGCCAAGGAUAAGGUGGAGCUCAGCCGCAUUCUGCUGCAGCUGGAGACGGAGAAAGUAGAACUGGGGGAACGCAGGCGGGAGGCAGAGCUGGAGAGGGCGGCGGCCCGGGAGGAGACGGCGCGGCUGGAGCAGAAGCUGCUGGACCUGUGUGCUGAGAAGCGAGCUCUGGAGGCCUCACAGAGCCAUCUGCAGGAGGCCCGGCAGAGCCUGGAGAGGGAACUGAGCCUGCUGCAAAGGGAGAAGGCCCAGGCCCUGGAGCAGCACGCACAGGCGAGCAGACAGAGGCAGGCCCUGUCGGAGCAGCUGGCUGUCAGCCGGAGGGAGGUAGAGAGCCAGGCCACAGCCCUCCAGAGAGGGGCCCGGGAGAGAGAGGAGCUAGCCAAGGACAAGGCCAGCUUGGGCGUCCAGCUGACAGCGGCUGAGCGCAAGGCCAGGGGACUGGCUCAGGAGCUGGCUGCUCUCAGGGCAGAGAAGGAAUCCUUGGAGACAGCGGUGUUCGAGGGCCAGGAGCUGGCCUCAGUGCUGGAAGGGGAGCGUGCCCAGCUUGAGGGGGAGCGGCAGAGCCUGCUGCAGGCUAACGAAGCCCUGACGUGUGAGGUGGCGCAGGCACGAGGGGAGGCCGAGCGCCAAGCCACGCGUGCAGAUUGUGAGAGGGAGCUUCUGGAGGGCAGGCUGGCGCAGGCAGAGAGGGACGCUCAGCUGUCCCUCAGUAAUAGCGAGCGCAGCCACCAGGAGCAGCUGGAAGCUGAGCGCAGGGACAAGGAGCAGCUGCGCGCAGAUCUGACUGUGCAGAGGGAGCUGGUGGAGCAGCAGCUGCGGCGGGAGUGCGAGGAGCUGCGCGCACGCGGACGGGCCGACCGGGAGCAGCUGCAGGAGGAGCUGGCCAGACUACAGCAGGACUGUGAUGACAGCCUCUUGCAGGCCGAGAGCCACAAGCAGCAGGCCCUGUCCCUGAAGGAGGCGGAGAAGGCUGUCCUAGCAGAAAAGCUGGUGGCAGCGCAGCAAGACCUGGCCGCCAUGGGCAUGGAGGUGGAGCGUGUGAAGAGAGAGGCCCUGAGCCGAGAGGAGCAGCACAAGGACACCGUUGCCAGCACGAGCUCUGAGCUGCAGGAGCUGCGUGCACGGUUCGAGGAGUCCCUGAGCUCGCAUGAGUCAGUGGUGCAGAACCUGACUGAGCAGGCAAAGGAGCAAGCCCAGCAGAAGGAGGCUGCACUCCAGGACGUAGUGAAAUUGCGGACGGAGCUGCAGGUGGCGGAGGAGGGGCGGGACGCCAGCCGGAGGGAGCUCAUCGAGGCACACCGGGAGCUCAGGGAGUGUGUGCAGGAACGGGACCUCCAGCGCAAGGAGGUGCUGGACCUGCAGAGGGCUCUGGGCGAUGAGACCCGAGACAAGGAAGCCAUCCUGCGCUCUAACCAGGAGCUAAGGGGCUCAGUAAAAAAAGGGGAGAGUGACCGAAACAGUCUGAGACGAGCCCUGGAGGAGAAGAAUCAGCGGCUGGCGGUUCUGGAGGAGUGCAAGUCCUCCCUCCAGCGGGAGGCAGUAGAGCUGAGGAGCAACCUGCGUGAGCUGGAGCGUUCGCGGCUUCAGGCACGCAGAGAGCUGCAGGAGCUUCGCCGACAGGUGAAAACUCUGGAAGGGGAGACGGCGCAGCGCAGUCAGGAGCUACAGGACCUGCAGGUGCGGGUGUGUCAGGAAGAGCAGCGAGAAGAGGAGUCCCGCCGUGAGGCCUUAAGCCUGAAGCAGAGGAUCCUGGAGGGCGAAGUGGGCCGAGAGGCUGCUCUGAAGGAGGCAGCUGGGCUGCAGCGCCGCGUGUCUGAGCUGGAAGGGGCGGGGCUGCAGCUGGAGGCGGAGCUGCAGAAGCAGGAGGCGGGGCUCCAGGAGAGCAAGCGGAAGCACAGGGAGGAUGUGGAACGACUGGAGAGGGCGCUGCAGGAGGCUGGCACCCAGCAGAGGGAGCUCACCCUGCGGGUCACCCUGGCCGAGGGCCGAGCACAGGGCCUGGAGGAGCAGCUCGGCCUGGCGGACGCAACACGUGGGGACCUCGAGCAGCGGCUGGCCAGCCUGUCCUCUGUGCUGCGCCGCACCCUGGGCAUCGGCCGCAUGCGCUCACUGUCUCCCUCGCGUGGGGAGGACUGGGAGAUUGAGCUGGACACAGUGCAGGCUGCACUUCGAGACUUCCUGCAGGAGCUGAGGGACACACAGAGAGACAGAGAUGAGGCUCAAGUGCAGGUGCUGAAUCUGUCCCGCCAGCUGGAUGAACUGCAGAACGCCCGAGACAAGCUGAGCAGCCAACUGCAGGAGCUACAGAAGACCCUGAGUGAACUGGGGGAAGGGAAGCGGGAGGUGGAGGAGCAGCUUGGAGGGGUGCAGGCCUCUCUGUCCCAGCAGGAGGAGGUGCUUCGGCAGGGGGACAGGGAAAGGAAGAGUCUUGCAGAGGAGGUCGCCACGCUAAGGUGUGGCCUGCAGACUGCUGAGGGAGACACCAGGACUCUGCAGGAGAAACUGGCGCGAGCAGAGGCCUCGGAAGGCCGGCUGGAGGCGGAGCGCCGGAGGCUGAAGGAGGCCCUGGAUGCGGCAGAGGCACGGGCCACCAGGCUGGAGCUGUCCCAGCGCACCCUGGAGGGCGAGCUGCAGCGCGCCCAGAUGGGGAUAGCGGAGGGAAAGGCGGAGGUGGGCUCGCUCCAGGAGCGGCUGGCGGGCCUGCGGAAGGAGCUGGGCGAGAGCGAGGACCGCACGGCCGCCCUGAGGGUCAGCAGUGAAAAGCUGAGCGCAGCUCUGGCCCGCGCUGAAGACGGGGAGGGUCAGCUGAGGGAGCAUGUCCAGAGCCUGUCCGCGUCCCUGAACGACAGCAGCGCCAACACCGCGGCUCUCCAGGAGCGCACCACGCAGCUGCAGAAAGCUCUGACUGCCAGCGAGCAGGACCGCAGGAUGCUCCAGGAGCGCCUGGACGCAGUGCGGAAGGGGCUGUCCGAGUGCAAGAAGCAGAACCACUUGCUAACGGAGCGGGCUCAGAGCCUGCAGAGGGCACAAGAGGAUGCAGAGCUGAGGGGCUGUGAACUGGAGAGCCAGGCCAGGGUGCUUCAGGAGGCAUUGAGACAGAGGCAAGCCGGCGAGCUGGAGGCAUUGGAGAGCUCCCGGAAGCUGCAGGAGGAGAAGGACGCCCUGCAGCAGAGGGUGGGCAGCCUGCAGGGCUCGCUUGAGAGGCUGGAGAGUGAGAGGGAUGAGCUGGAGCGGGCCCUGGCCAGGCUAGGCAAGGACAAGGCAUCACUGAGGAGGACUCUGGAUAAGGUGGAGCUGGAGAAGCUGAGGCAAGAGGAGCAGGCGGUGAGCGCAAGCCACGAGAGGGAGCAGCUGGAGCAGACGGUGCGCUGCUUGGAGCAGGAGUCAGCCGGGCUGCAGGCGGAGGUGGAGCAGCUGCAGGCUGAGAUCUCCCAGCUGGAGCGGUCCCAUUCGCAGCGUCUCCUGGAGGUAACUUCACGCCACCGCCAGGAGAUGGACCUGGAGAUGGAGCGUCUGCGGGGCACCCAGCAGCAGGCGGAGCAGGCCCUGGAAUCGCGCGAGAGAGCCCACCGCCAGAGGGUCAAAUGCCUGGAAGAUCAGGUGUGCACUCUGAAGGAGCAGCUGGAGCAGGAGAUGAGGAGGAGGCAGGCCUAUGUCAACCAGAUGCUGCGGCCGGGGGUGUAGCUUGGGGCACCGAGUGUGAUGAACCCCAGCCGCUGCCCUCGGCAUCAACCCCCUGCCUUCGUGUGUCACAAGCUGCAGCCCUGUUGCUCUCCAAUUUUAAUGUGGAAUCAAUCAGAUCCGCAUCCCCAGAACCAUGAUUCAGCAGCUUAAACAGUUUCAACAGGAAGAAAACAAAGCAAAAAAAAAAAAAAAA